AUGAGCGACCGCCGCCACGCCAGCGCUGCCUAUCUCUACGCCCCAUAUCCACCAGCCACUAUUAUCUAUCUAGACCACCGCCAGUCGCUGCAGCCCUUUCUGCAGCUCGCGCGCAUCGACGAAGUGCACUCUCACGUCUCAGCCGCUACGCCCUCGUCCACCACCGCCGUCAUCGUGUCUCCGCACUACAGCCCGCCACCGGAGCGGGAAGAGCCCCGUUUGCUGAAGCAGAAGCCCUUUGUGAAGACGGCGCUUGCGCGUCAGCAGCUCGAUGGGCCUAGAGAGCAGGCGUACAGCGUGCAUACCAGCGCGCCUAAGAUGACACCAAAUGAUUUGCGGAAUAGCAACUCCACGCCGAGCAAACGAGACGAUGCCAAUACCACGCCCCAGCGGCUGCAACGCCCGUCCAUUGUCUCGCAGCACUCGAAUUCGGUGCCUUCAACGCCGCUGCAGCUUGCCCGCAAGUACGAGUCGCACUCCCGCUCGCCGUCUCCCAACGGUGGCUUGGGCAGCCAUUCGCCGCGCUCCGUGUCGUCCGAGGCCAACAGUACUAUGCCGACAUUGCGUGUGGGGCGGCCCUUCAAGUGCAAGUACGAGACGAAUUUCGGGCAGCUAGGGCGGCGACGAAUGCCAUAUAAGGAGUCAGAGCUUCUCAAUCCGGCAGAUAAGGUGCCAAAGAAGGCGUUGGAUCCCCACGAGGACGACAAACUUAGUGGCGACAUGCGCGAACUGUAUGACCGGUUACAGCCGAGCGUGGAGAACACUCGCAAGCGCGACCGAUUUGUGCAAAAAGUGAAACAGAUACUCGACAUCGAGUUUCCGGGGAGUCUGUUCACCGUGCAUGUGUUUGGCUCGUCAGGCAACAUGCUGUACACAACAGACAGCGACGUUGAUAUUUGUAUACAAACGCCCAUGACCUCGCUAGAAGAGAUGCAUCCGCUCGCCGAGGCCCUCGACAAACAUGGCAUGCAACGUGUAGUAUGUAUACCAGCGGCCAAGGUCCGCAUCGUCAAAGUCUGGGAUCCCGAGCUGGAGCUUGCAUGUGACAUGAACGUCAAUAACGUUGCUGCUCUCGAGAACACAAAGAUGAUCAGGACAUACAUACAAAUAGACGAUCGCGUACGAGAGCUGGCUAUGAUUAUCAAGCACUGGACGAAACAGCGACUCAUCAACGAUGCUGGCAUCGGCGGAACGAUAAGCUCGUACACCUGGAUCUGUUUGAUCAUCAAUUUUCUUCAGACCCGCAAUCCGCCAAUCCUGCCGGCCUUGCACAACUUUCAAGAAACGGAUGGCAAAGGCCAGAUGUCGCGCUCUGGCUUUGCUGACGAUAUCGAAAAGCUUCAAGGCUUUGGCGAUGCAAACAAGGAAACUGUGGGGCAGCUGCUCUUCCAAUUCUUCCGGCUUUAUGGACAUGAGAUCGAUUACGAGAAAGAGGUCAUCUCAGUGCGUCAAGGGAAGCGACUUUCACGGGAGGACAAGGGAUGGCACCCAGGGGGUGGGCAAAAAGAGGGCACCAAUCGACUUUGUGUUGAGGAGCCCUUCAACAUCGAACGCAAUCUUGGUAAUUCCGCGGAUGACUAUGCGUGGCGUGGACUACACCUAGAAAUCCGAAGAGCUUUUGACCUGCUCGCCGACGGGCAACGACUCGACAAGGCGUGCGAGCAGUAUGAAUUCCCCGAGGCACAGCAGCCUAACCCUCUGAUGUUCCAGAAACCGACUUCGAAACCGGCCAUUCUCACGUCUAGCGUACCCAUUCGAAGUAGUCGUGGAGGGUCCAACCAUCGGGGCGGAAGAGGAGGAUUCAACAUGAAAGGACAGCACAACAAUGGCAGCCGAAGAUCUUCCGGCAGCCAGCCUUUCACGCAAGGGAGACCUGGAUUCUUGCACAGUCCACCCAUCCAGCACGGCCCCGGCCAGGAGUAUUUUGCUGUUCCUCGAGGCAUCCAUGACCAGUUGCACGAUCAGCUGUUUCAGCAAUAUCAGAUGCUCGAGAUGCAGUCAAACUCUUUACGCGCUCAACUAGCCGCGCAACAGCACGCUCAACAAGCGCAUCGUGCAGCCCAGAUGCAUGCGCACGCUGUUGCACAAGCACAAGCACAACACUAUGCUCCCAAUGGAUCGAAUGGAUCUCCGCAAAAAUCAUCUUAUAUCAACGGUCGACUGAGCCCUAGAUUGGCUGAACUUGGAAUCCCGCCAAAUGCCCUUCCGCAGGGGUUCAUGUAUCCAUACCCAGGAUUCUUUAGUACUCAGCAUCCUGGCACUGGUCCCCAAGACUCUGUGCGGACCAAUCCAUCCUCUCCAUCAUUGAGCACCAGCAUGCCGGGUGCCCGUAGGGUUGUGCAUCGGGCCUCGAACGCCAGCGACACAAGCGUCAACCGCUCACAGUCACAGCCUGCGCGUGGGAUUCCACAGCAGCCAGUAUUAGCCAGCUAUCCCCCAAUGCCUCAGUUUUAUGACCCUGCAGCUUUUAGCGGAUAUCCGAUCGCAAGAUCGUCUCAAGAUACGCCAGAGACGCAGUCAGCCUCGGACACGCAGUCAAGUCCUCCAUCACACAACGUCGAGCCUGCGGGAUCCCCAUUCUAUACUACGCCAAAGGAGUAUUUGGGCUACUACAACGCCGAGCAACCGCCUGUGCGAUCGCUCCAAGAGUACGCUGUUGGUGCUAUACCAUCAUUCAGCGAAUUGAAGCAGAGAAGAACACGAGUGUCACCAGAGAUCACGCAACCGCUCCUAAACACUGCUCUUCGACGUGUAUCUCGUUCGCCUUCUCCAUUGCGUGGGCAUGUCCGCAAUGAUUCGAUAGGCCCAGCCUUGAUUCUGCCAGGUAGUGACAAACGCAAAGCUCGCGUCGAUUCUGUCCGUCCCUCUUCUGAUCUUGGGCCGGUCAUCGCCAACGGCUCGUUCCCUACACCAUCUCGUGAUCAGCUCAGGGGUGACAUGGUAGAGACACCUACGACGACGGAGAAUCUUGGGUCCUCCAUAAUCGGUGUAUACGCCAGUCAGCCAACCUUGCAACAGAAUACGCAGCAACAGAUCAGGGAACUCCAAGCCCGGCAGCAGCUCGUGCUUGAAGAGAUGCAGAGACAAAGUGCAGCGAACGUGACGAGCAGUCCUAUCGUGAAUGGCUCAGCAAAAGUCAGUUCUCCAGUCGAUGUCAAUGGGUUGAUACGAAUGCCUGGCGAAGACCGGCAGCCUUUCCCGGAUGUGUCAGAUGACAUCAUAAAUUACGAUGCUAAGAAGGAACGACCUACCCAUAUCGAAGACGCCUCUCCAAAGCGUGAUCUUCCUCCCUGGCGUGCUACUGCUCUGCCGAACGGUCUGUCUUUGGACACAACCAAUGCGCCUCGUGCUCCGCCCCAAGAGAUUAAGACUGCCAACAUUCCGUUACUCUCGCCGGUUUUCGAGAAGCGGACACCUUCGCCCACUGCGAAUCGACCUGCAGACAGCAAGGCAACGAAUGGUACCAAGAGUCAAAGCAAAGAAUACCACCAGCAGGGCCGCCGAGCAUCGCUACCGAAGCAGUCGACACAGAGCAAGGACAACAGUCGUGGCGUUCAGCAAAAGUCCAACGACAAGAACCAAAAGCCUGGCUCUUCCACUACCAAUGCUGGGCCUUGGCAAAAUUCCCAGGGCCGACGAAAGGGGAAGGGCCGCAAGAAGACGCCAGAGCAGAAAUCAACAGGCGAACUUCUGCCUACUAAUGUCUCGGAGCGAAAGGGCGGUUAA